UUCUUCAAGAACUGCAUAUCUUGCCGAGAUCCUCAUCCCUAAAGGUACUUGACAAUAGUAUUAUUGGAGUGGAUACACAACUCACAAAAAAUACAAGAAGUCGACUAGGUGGACUGGUCCGAGUGAAGAGAAAAAAAAGCCAUACAGAACUCAAAAUAUUUUCCGGCGAUAUUCAUUUUCCUGAAGAGGCAGAUAAGGUAUUAGGCGGCUGUUUGAUACCACCAGAAAGACAAAAAAAGGAUUCUAAGGAAUCAAAAAAAAGCAAAAAUUGGGUCUAUGUUCAACGGAAAAAAAUUAUCAAGAGCAAGGAAAAGUAUUUUGUUUCCAUUCGCCCUGCAGUCGCAUAUGAAAUGGACGAAGGGAGAAAUUUAGCAACACUUUUCCCGCAAGAUCUCUUGCAAGAAGAAGAUAAUCUCCAACUUCGACUUGUCAAUUUUAUUUCUCAUGAAAAUAGCAAGUUAACUCAAAGAAUUUAUCACACAAAUAGUCAAUUUGUUAGAACUUGCUUAGUAGUGAAUUGGGAACAAGAAAAAAAAGAGAAGGCUGGUGCUUCCCUUGUUGAGGUAAGAGCAAAUGAUCUUAUUCGCGAUUUCCUAAGAAUUGAGUUAAUCAAGUGCACUAUUUCAUAUACACGAAAAAGGUAUGAUAGGACAAGUGCAGGACCAAUUCCUCAUAAUAGGUUAGAUCGCACCAAUCUAAAUUCCUUUUAUUCCAAGGCGAAGAUUGAAUCACUUAGCCAACAUCAAGAAGCUAUUGGCACCUUGUUGAAUCGAAAUAAAGAAUACCAAUCUUUGAUGAUUUUGUCGGCAUCCAACUGUUCUCAAAUUGGUUUAUUCAAGAACCCAAAACAUCCCAAUACGAUAAAAGAAUUGAAUCGUAGAAUUCCUAUUCGAGAAAUUUUUGGGCCCUUAGGCGUUAUUGUCCCUAGUAUAUCGAAUUUUUCUUCAUCUUACUAUUUACUAACGCAUAAUAAGAUCCUGUUAAAAAAAUAUUUGUUUCUUGACAAUUUGAAACAAACCUUCCAAGUACUUCAAGGACUUAAAUACUCUUUAAUAGAUGAAAAUAAAAGGAUUUCUAAUUUCGAUAGUAACAUAAUGUUGGAUCCAUUCCUUUUGAAUUGUCACUUUGUCCAUCAUGAUUCUUGGGAGGAGACAUCGGCAAUAAUUCACCUUGGACAACUUAUUUGUGAAAAUGUAUGCCUAUUUAAAUCGCACAUAAAAAAAUCUGGUCAAAUUUUCAUUAUUAAUAUGGAUUCCUUUGUUAUAAGAGCAGCUAAACCUUAUUUGGCCACUACAGGAGCAACUGUUAAUGGUCAUUAUGGAGAAAUCCUUUACAAGGGCGAUAGGUUAGUUACGUUUAUAUAUGAAAAAUCGAGAUCUAGUGACAUAACGCAAGGUCUUCCAAAAGUGGAACAAAUCUUUGAAGCGCGUUCAAUUGAUUCAUUAUCCCCGAAUCUCGAAAGGAGAAUUGAGGAUUGGAAUGAGCGUAUACCAAGAAUUCUUGGGAUCCCCUGGGGAUUCUUGAUUGGAGCUGAGCUAACCAUAGCCCAAAGUCGUAUUUCUUUGGUUAAUAAAAUCCAAAAAGUUUAUCGAUCCCAAGGGGUACAGAUCCAUAAUAGACAUAUAGAGAUUAUUAUACGCCAAGUAACAUCAAAAGUGCGGGUUUCCGAAGAUGGAAUGUCUAAUGUUUUUUCACCUGGGGAAUUAAUCGGACUAUUGCGAGCGGAACGAGCAGGGCGAGCUUUGGAUGAAUCGAUCUAUUAUCGGGCAAUUUUAUUGGGAAUAACAAGGGCUUCCCUGAAUACCCAAAGUUUCAUAUCUGAAGCAAGUUUUCAAGAAACUGCUCGAGUUUUAGCAAAAGCUGCCCUACGAGGUCGCAUUGAUUGGUUGAAAGGGUUGAAAGAAAACGUAGUUCUGGGGGGGAUUAUACCCGUUGGUACCGGAUUCCAAAAAUUUGUCCAUCGUUCCCCACAAGACAAGAACCUUUAUUUUGAAAUUCAAAAACAAAAUCUAUUCGCGUCGGAAAUGAGAGAUUUUUUGUUUCUCCAUACAGAAUUAGUUUCUUCAGAUUCUGACAUAACAAACAAUUUCUAUGAGACAUUAGAACCCCCAUUUACCCCCAUUUAUACGAGUUAAGGAUACAUAAAGGAGAUUUUUUUACUUUACUAGACUUUUGAACUUAGAACACUAAACGGGUCCAAUUUUAUAUUUUAAUUAAGUAAAAGAAUUUAGUUAAUUCAUUAAGGUUAUGUUUAUACAAUGUAUCAAUGGCCAACUCUCAGUAGAAGGUUCCUUCGGAACAAUUAUUAUUUAUUUCAAGCUAUUUUAGAUCUUUCUUAAUCUUCAAAAAGAAAAAAAUUCCGUAAUGGAAUAAUGCUAGGAUGAAAAAAAAAAGAAAAAAUCAAAAGGAAAUGUGGAAAAAAUGACAAGAAGAUAUUGGAACAUCAAUUUGAAAGAGAUGGUAGAAGCAGGAGUUCAUUUUGGCCAUGGUAUUAAGAAAUGGAAUCCGAAGAUGGCCCCUUACAUUUCGGCAAAGCGCAAAGGUACUCAUAUUAUAAAUCUCGCUAGAACGGCUCGUUUUUUAUCAGAAGCUUGUGAUUUAGUUUUUGAUGCAGCAAGUCAGGGAAAAAGUUUCUUAAUUGUUGGUACAAAAAAAAGAGCGACGGAUUUAGUAGCAUCAGCUGCAAUAAGGGCUCGUUGUCAUUAUGUUAAUAAAAAGUGGUUCAGUGGUAUGUUAACUAAUUGGUCGAUAACGAAAACUAGACUUUCUCAAUUUAGAGACUUAAGAGCAGAAGAAAAAAUGGGAAAAUUCCAACAUCUCCCAAAAAGAGAUGUGGCAAUCUUGAAGAGAAAAUUAUCUACCUUGCAAAGAUAUCUCGGCGGGAUCAAAUAUAUGACGAGAUUGCCGGACAUUGUGAUCGUCCUUGAUCAGCAAAAAGAGUAUAUAGCUCUUCGGGAAUGUGCCAUUUUGGGGAUUCCUACUAUUUCUUUAGUCGAUACAAAUUGCGACCCGGAUCUCGCGAAUAUAUCGAUUCCAGCCAACGAUGACACUAUGACUUCAAUUCGAUUGAUUCUUAACAAAUUAGUAUUUGCAAUUUGUGAGGGCCAUUCUCUCUAUAUAAGAAAUCAUUGAUUAAGAAGAAUAGUGAAUUCUUGGGCAACAGCGUAGAUUUAUGGAAUCACUUACUAUUCUUUUUUGUUUUGCAUAGAAAAAAGAAGGGGAAUAUUGAUAUAUAUUAGAGGGUAUUGAUAUAUAUUAUGAUCUGAUGUGCUUUCUUGGUAUCCUAAAUAUAAGAUUAAUA